AUGGUUGGCCAACAGAGACUUCUCCUCACCGUGGCAACCUGCCUAUUUCUCCUAGCAACCCUAUGCCCCACCUUAGAGGCUCGUCGUGGUGGGAGCUUCGGACGUAGUGGCGGUGGGGGGUGGGGAGGUAGUAGACGUGGAGGUAGCGGUUACCCUCGUCAAGGUGGAGGCACGGGAUACCGACCAAUGCCAUCCUCGAGCGGACCGGCAUACCGACCAAUGCCUGCCCAGAGUGGAGGCUCCAGUGCGGGGAAGAUGGCAGGGGCUGCUGCUGCUGGUGCCCUGGGGGGAGCAAUGCUGGGCAGUGCCCUGAGUCGUCCUGGCUAUGGAGGAGGAUAUGGAGGUGGUUAUGGGGGUGGUUAUGGAGGCUAUGGAGGAGGCUAUGGGGGCUACCCCAGAGGUGGAGGGUAUGGCCCCAGGCCUGGUGGCUAUGAGGGACCAGAGGGCUCUGGGGAUAUGGAGUACUACUAUGGAGCAUCCAGCGGGCCCAUCUAUAACAGCAUCAUCGUCAUCAUUGGGUCACUAAUGUCACUGGUGAUGGGGCACUGGAUGGGAGUGAUGUAGAGAUAUAGUGAACAGGAAGAGAGGGACAGAGUCACAACUAAAGAUAGACCAAGAUCAUGUGUAUAUAAAAACUCUUGAGACCAAGACCAAAACUAGACUCUGACCCCAGACCUAGACCAAGACCUUGGGUAUUGAGUCCCAAACCAUGACUGAACACUGAGCUCACAGGUUGUGAUUCCAUCUGAUUUGAUUUGCAGGUGUAGUGGAGCUAAUAAACUUCCUGUAUAGCUCGCUGAUCCAGAAACACUCUGAUGCAGAUUCUUUGUCAACUAUUUGCACAACAUUUGUUUUCUGAGACAUACUUAAACAACAUACAAAUAUCUAGUGUGAUAAUAUUCCUCCCUGUCGAGCACUCACUACCUCAAUAGCACAUGAUUUACUUUAUAUUUUCCUUACCAUGGUUGUUAUCAACACUUUAAUAUUGCCAUGCUGUGGACAUACAGUAUAAAGGUAAAUCUUUAUUUUAAAUAGUCCCGUUAAAACAGGUUUCACUUAUUUCAACACCUGGUAGAACACUGGCAGUGUUUGGAUUUGUAAAUUCUGUAUAUUGUACAAUUCUAUGAAUUAUAUUUUGUCUCCAUUAUGUUUCUUACUUUAUUAAAUAGGGUAUGUGUGUGGUGGAGUGUAUAAAUUCUAGUAUGAUCAAAAAAGUUUUUGUUUUGGUGUCAUUUGAUGUAUUUUUCCUGUGGGGUUAUUCCAAUAAAGACAUGAGAGACAGAGAUAUUAAUGUAUCCAUUUAUGAUCUUGACUAUAAUCAGACUGUGAAGAGGAACUACCAUCAGCUCAUUAAAAUGAGAAUGUGUCAGUUCAGAUAGAAGUAAUAUUUAGAUGAGGCUUUU